AUGCAAUAUCAAAAUAGACCUCAAGAACAUUGGGACAACAAAACCAACAUGGCAAAGACGCAAUCCACUGCCUCAGCAGCUUAUUCUGUCUCUUCAUCCUCGAGUCGACAAACCAGCGCCUCACUACAAGAAUCGUCUGCCAGAACUUACUUUGCUGAACUUGGCAAAUACCUCUAUUCAUUACUAGCAAAAGAGGCAGCAGAAGGUGUGCCUAAUCAGCGAUCGGCUGCCAGACAGAAGCUAUCCCGAUUAAACAACCUACAGUUUCAUGAACUAGCGACAGACGUCUAUGAUGAGUUAGUGAGAAGAAACGUCGACAAACACAAGUCAUUUCUACAGUUGAGAGAGGAUUUCCAUCCUAGACGAAACCAGGCAAGACAGAAACUGGCUACAUUACCAGAGGGCAGAUUCAAGGAUCUUGCAAGUGAUGUAUACCAUGAACUAAAGCGAAGAUAUCCACAUGUUGCCAUGGAAGAAGAGCUACCUCCUAUGCCGCAGAACAAACAGAUGGAUACAAAGGCACAACUAAGUCAGUCAACAAACAUUAUACCAGUAAAGGGAAUGAUUAGUGUGGAAUCAAUGGACUACUCAGACGAGGAUGAAGGAAAUGGACGAUCGCCUGUUUCAGAUAAUGGCAAUAUUCAGUCAUUGGACAGUUUGAUGGCUGAUUUAGGCAAUAUGGUCAAAACACCCCGCCCUGACGUGAUCAACACUGCAGACAUAGACGCUGUUCGAUACGAAUACGAGGCAAAGAUCAGUCAGAUGGCAAAACGGAUAAAAAUGCUCGAAUUAUCCCUGGAUUCAGAUACUUCUAAUCCUCUGGGCCAGUCCAAGAUCAAGCAGAUGCAGGAUGAAUACAGACUGUUAGACAACAAGUACACCCAAUUGAGUAAUGAACACAGAGAGCAGCAAGUGGCCGUUCGCGAAGUUAAACAAGAGAUCAAACAACUGAUCGAGGAGCUGAAAAAUCUCUCGGGAAAGAAUGAAACGCUGAGGAUACAAAACGAAAAAGCAGAGGCAGAGAUUCGAAACCUAUCGCAAGAGACGAAAUCAUGGAGACGAAAAUACGAAACUGUGAGCAUGGAGCUUCGAAGUUUCAAGGUCAAAUCAGUUGCACUGGACAAUCAGGACUUAUCAACAGACUUCUUUAUGAAGCCCAAUGCAAAAGGUGCCAUUGGGCAUCAGUUUAUUAUCGACUAUCAAUCAGCCAUUGAGGAACUAUUAAAGACAUCCAGAUCAAGCAAGCCCUCCGAUGUGCUCAUCUCAAUGCGAACAAUUGUCAUGGCGUGCAAAUCAAUUACGACCGAGGUAGAGGAGUACGAAGUCAAAAUUGGAUUAUCGCCUGCAAAUCAAGAUGCCCUAUACAAUAUCAAAAAGAAGUUUUCAAUCGAAUUGACCAAUCUACUAGCCUCUGCCAAAAACUUUGCUGCAGGAAUGGGCAUCAGUCCAGUCAGUUUACUUGACGCCGCUGCAGGCAAUCUGACCAGCACCAUUGUGGAUCUCGUUAAAUUACUGGGCAUGAGGCCUAUCGGUGAUAAUGAUUAUGCGGUACAAUCUUUAUCAGCUUCAGAAAGAGAAAAUGCACCGACGAUGAAUGGAAAGCAUGGCGAUACUCAGUUACUCAAUCCACACCAACUCUCUCAAUUCCUCAAGACAGAAACAGACCAUAUUGUGUCAUCAGUGCAAAAUUUACUCGGUUCAUUAAGGUCCAACGAUGGCAACUUAUACGACAUUAUCACGUCAAUUGUCAAAAUUGUGGCCAAUAUCAUCCAGGUAUCUCAAAAAUCGUUUUCUUCGGGUGAGGGCCUUAAAUACAAAAAUCAGGGCAGUACUAUUAUUAGCGAUCUGGACAGAUGCAACAGCAAAAUCAUACAAAUCAGAGAUACUUCCUUCAUUCAAUCACCAGAAAACGCAAACGCAAUUGCAAAACGAAACUUGGCACAAGAAUCUUAUGAAAUUGCUAAAUACACAAAAGAGCUUAUUAACAUGCUGGAUAUGUAA